CGUAUUUCCGUGACGUCAUUCCGUGAGUGCGGGACUGUAAAUAAAUUGCGUUCCGCCAUUUUUGUAGACAGCAUCAAAAGCACGAGCCUCUUUCAGUUCAUUUUAAAGUUAGAAUGCCAGUCAUUUGUGGUAUUGUUGGUUGCUCCAACCGCAGCGAUAGAGAAAGGGAUGUUAGAUAUUUUAAGGUACCGAAAGUUAUUUUAGGUCAAGGGGAAGAAACAAAGAAAUUAUCGGAAGAACGUAGACGACUAUGGAAAGCAGCUAUCCGUCGGAAAGAUAUUACCUCAGAGGAGAAAUGGGAUAGAACACGCGUUUGUUCAAAACACUUUGUUGGAGGUGAAAAUGCAUAUCUUCACGACAGGAAUAGCCCAUCAUGGCUGCCAACAAUUGCUUUGGGUCACUCAAAUACAAAGCCAGAGCCAUCAAAUGCAAGGUACCAUCGUGCUAAGCAACGUGAAGGUAAAAGGAAAGUGUCAGAUGCCAUCUCAUCACUGUUGACACUUAAAAACCCACGCCUUGCUGCUGCAAACAUCAUCCAUGAACAUGACAGUGCAAUGAUUUCACAUGCCUCACAGGUAACAGACAGUCUGGAAGCACCUGAGGAACCAGUGUUCACUACUUGUGAAAGAGGGACUCAAACUGACAGUUUCAUAUCUACAUCUGAGGCAGGGACUCAAACAGAGUUGACAUCAGAAUAUAUUGAUAAAAUUGAAAAUGACAACAAGGCACGCGUAUUAGAGGCCAGCGCUUUCAAAAAGCAUGCAUUUUCAAGAGAGGGUCUUUAUAGUUUUUCUGCUUUUGAAAAUGAUGACAAAAAGGUAUCUUUCUAUACAGGACUGCCUGAUUUAGAAACUUUAAAAGUGGCAUUUGACUUGAUUGAAAACCAGAUGAGUAAUUCUUCAAAAUGUCUUUCAAAGGAAAAUCAGUUCAUGUUAUGCAUGAUUAAGCUCAGGUUGAAUUAUUGCUUUCAAGACAUAGCUUACCAACUUAAUGUAUCAUUAUCUACAGUUCAAAAAUGUUUUCAUUCUGCCCUUGAUCUUUUGUAUGUAAGAUUAAGUUUUUUUGUGAAAUGGCCAGAAAGAGAAAGUUUAAGAAUAUCAAUGCCAAUGUCGUUCAGGAAAGAAUUUGGAACGAAAGUUGCAGUAAUUUUGGAUUGUUUUGAGCUGAAAAUAGAAAAACCCAGUGCCCCCCUCAGCAAAGUGUACACAUAUUCAAACUAUAAGCACUACCACUCAGUAAAGUAUCUGAUUGGCAUUGCCCCGCAGGGUGUCAUUACUUUUAUUUCUGAGGGUUGGGGUGGGCGCACAUCAGAUAAGCACAUCACUGAAGAAUCUGGGAUUUUGGAGAAUCUUUUGCCAGGUGACAUAGUAAUGGUAGAUCGAGGUUUUACUAUUGAAGAAAGUGUUAACUUCUAUCAAGCUGAAUUGGCCAUUCCAGCUUUUACCAAAGGAAAGUCUCAGCUACACCCCAUGGAUGUAGAAGGAACACGCAAAAUUGCAAACGUUCGUAUACAUGUGGAAAGAGUAAUUGGUCUUGUAUGUCGCAAAUUUGGCAUCUUAGAUGGUACAAUACCAAUUGACUUCUUGAAACUUAGAAAUGGAGAAACUGUUCCGACUAUUGAUAAGAUUGUACAUGUCUGCUGUUUCCUCACGAACCUGUGUCCAUCAGUGGUGCCCUUUGAUUAGUAGACAAUUAUAUGAUUCAGCAGUGUUUUACAAAAUAUAUUUGUUUCAAAUGCAAUUAAGUAUGAAUGUAAGUUAGAUUAAGACAAUCCCAGGCAUUCAUGCGGAUGAACAUGUUUACUGUAUACCUGAUCGGUUUUGUUGAAACAUACUUUUGUUACAAUAGUAUUUGGUAUAAUCAUAUGCGGGAUAGUAAGUGAAUAAAGCCAUUCAAGUGGUUAUACAGAGAAAAGUAAAAUCAAGUGUGAACAAUCUUGACGAGCUAUAACAUGCCAGUAAUGAUCUGCAUAGGAUAUUGAUAAUGAUGCUGAUGUUGCAAGUAAUUUGCUCUCUGAAGUUUUUUUUUUUUUUUUUUUUUUUUUGGUGAGGGGGGGUUAAAUUAUGGUAUGUUAACAGUUUGAGUGAUAUAUCUGUUGGAAGUUAUCUUACAUAUUGAUCAAUAAAUAUGUUAUAAAUUGCAUUAUGCCUCAAGUCUAAUUAAGCCUCCAGUGAUAUUGCAAGCAGUUUUCUAUGAAUAGUUUACUUUUAAGGACGGUCAGCUUUCAGAUAGCUUUUUUUAAAAAAUAUGAAGCCCAGUCACUUUUCAAAAUCGAUAUAAAUGAAACGUUUAUUGCACCCUUCAUCACAAUGACAUGAGACUGUAUUCUGACCCUCUUAUACAAUAAGAAUUAGAAAAAAACAUACUGGAAAAAAUUAUAUAAAUAUAAAAUUUAGCACCAUUCCUUUAUGGCAACCUCAGAAACAAUUAUGGUACCCUUCAUGACAACGACAUGAGACACCCAUGUUGAGACUGAUACUGUAUUCUGAUACUGUUAUAUAUUUGGAAUAAGAAA